UGUUUUUUUGUCAUAAUUUUCCACAUCAUUCCAAAGGUAUUUCCCUUGUUCUUGAUAACUUUUCACAUGGGGUAAGUAUUUUCAGUUAUAUCUGGUUUAGAACAUUUCAAUCUCUGAUAGCUGACUUUGUCCUUUGCCACACCUGUUUCACAACAACACGAUAUUCAGUAUGCAACGUUCAAAGAUGAUCUAGUCAUUUUCAUGUCUAAUGUGAAAAUGAAAAAUACGGGUUUAGAAAUGUAGAUAUAACUUCUGACAAGUAAGACUUAAAAUAUAAGAUUUCAAAAAAAGAAAUAAAAUCUAGUGUCGAGUUUUUGAGUAAAAAGCUGCACCUUCAAACUCAUUUAGUACAGUUUGGUUGCUUCCGCCAUCUAGUGCCUUUGUGUGGAAUUACAAGACAUGUGACAGAUGACGUUACCUGUUUACAACUGCCAAUGAGCACGUGGAGCGCAGAAUUCAUCGCUGCCAUUGGACAGAAUGGGUUGUAAAAUAGGGCGGGGACUCUGACAUGAACACCCAAUAGCGGCGGUCAUGUAAAUUCCUUUUGAAAACUUCCCGGGAAAUCUGAGUUUCGCGGGAGGGCUCUUGAGCGCGUAAACCGUAUCCCUUCAUUCAUCAGGCCGCUUCCUGAAGCCAUUUCUCGACCGGGGAAACGAGAGUUGGGUUACUUUUUAAUCCGUUGCAUCUGCCUAAAUGCACUUUCACGAGGACUCAUACGUUGCAAAAGUCGAUGAUUCAGACUUUUAUCUUUACUUCGGUCUGAAUAUUUUUGUAACUAUUGCGGUGGAUUAGCAACCGGAGCGGCUUGUAAGUGUCGAGACAAGAAAGGGGCUACCCUGAGAACAAGAUGAGAAGAGGGAUCUCCUCGGCUCCGGACAAAGUGAUUUUAGCGGGCGUUGGUGGCUCUCAUUUAGACAAUAAUAUCAUUUUAACAGCUCUCUCGGAUCGUUUAAACCCCACUCAAGCCAACGCCACUUACAUCCAAAUAAUAACGACACCCCCGCCUUGCAACGUUACACAUACCCCAAGUGUAUGUUUAUCCGAGCCUUCGAUAAACAACAUUUACACAACUCCACAGCAAACUGCAGCAAAUGGAGCAGGACAUCGACCCGCAUUAGGAAGACCGCCGGCCAAAAGGAGGUUAGCCCUCGACGAUUCAGACCACCAGUACCAGUCAGAACCCUCGAGGUCGUCGAGAGGCAGAGGUGCCCCUGUAACCAAUGGGACACAUUUAAAGACACCGAAAACGCCCAAGUCUCCACCAGAGAGGACGCGGUAUGACACCUCCCUGGGCCUCCUAACCAAGAAGUUCGUGGACCUGCUGGCCCAGUCUUCCGAUGGAGUCUUGGACCUAAACCUUGCAGCAGAAACUUUGCAGGUCCAGAAAAGAAGGCUGUAUGACAUCACGAAUGUACUUGAGGGCAUUCAUCUCAUCAAGAAGAAGUCAAAGAACAACAUUCAGUGGAUGGGCUGCAGUUUGUUGGAGGUCGAGGGGUCACUGAACCAAAGACAAAGACUGACCGCGGAAGUUUCUGCGCUGGCAGAAGAAGAGCAGAGGCUGGAGCAGCUCAUCCAGCGAUGCAGCCUGGACUCGAGGCACAUGAGCGAGUCGUCAAGCAACCAGAAAUAUGCCUAUGUCACGUAUGAAGACAUCAAACAACUAGCAAACCUUGAAGACCAGACUGUUAUUGUUGUCAAAGCGCCCACAGACACCAAGCUAGAAGUACCAGAUCCUGAUGAGAGUUUAUCCAUCCACUUGACCAGCACCAGGGGUCCUAUCGAAGUUCUUCUGUGUCCUGACGAGGAGAAUGACCACAGUAGUCCUGUGAACAAUGGAAGCACUGACAUCAAUGGGAACUCACCGUUCCUCAAAGUCCUUCAAGAUCCCAGCAUCCCAACUCAGUCCCCCAGCACCUCCCUGGCAACACCCUCAUCAUCCGUCACCACUGUCUCUGUCACAGCUCUCUCGCCCAUCUCGUCCCCGUACACCAGCCUUCUCCAGCAAACGGAAGACCAGAUCCCCGCCUCCCUGGGGCCCUUCUUGAACCUGGGGCCCCCGCUCCUGGAACAAGAUGACUACUUAUUAGGUCUUGGAGACGACCAGGGAAUCAGCGACUUAUUUGAGGCCUGUGACUUUGAUAGGAUGCCCUCCCUCGGCCUGGACGACCUCCUGUGCAGCUAGCGCUAGCUGAUCUAAAUCCUCAUCAACUGCAUUGGAGUGCGUUAGACACGGUGAGCUUGGAGGUCUGUGACUAGUUUGUAUAAGCCAAUUCUAAAUACAAGAAAAUUCUACAAAAAGGGCUUCUUUUUCUCCAGUCCCAGGCAGACAAAACGGCAUGUUUACUCACGGUGUCACAAAUAGAGAUUCAGGUGAAGAUGUCUUUGGCUCAGGCUCUGGGAGAACUCCAGUGAAUCUGAAGAGUAGCAUGACUGGUACUUAAAAUGUUGUCUCAUUUGGUAACGAUACACAUUAGAGAGGAAUAUAUGCCUUUUUUUAAGUGAUUGGAGUCCUCAUAUUGACCGAUCAGAAGGAACACAACACGAUACAAGGAAUUUAUUUGAUGCUAAGAAACGGAAAACUAUAACAACCCGAAACAAUUUAAUGUGAGGAAAAGUUCUUACUGUUAUGUGGCAGAAAUGUGUACGUACUUGCACUGUUAGGUAGGUCAUUUUGUGGUCUUUUUGAAAACAUGACAGGUGAGUGAUUACAGUCGUCCCUCGUUUAUCGUGGUUAAUUGAUUCCAGACCCGUGAUAAGUGAAUUUUCGUGAAGUAGGAUUCCAUAUUUAUGAAUAGGAAUUUUUCAUAGAGCAUUGGAAACCUGUUUGACCUUCUGAAUAUGUUUAAUAUUAUUAGAGCCUUCUAGACAUGAAAUAACACCCCUAUAGUCACAGUUAGACUUUAUUACCCAAUAUCGUAGACAUAACAGAAAAUAAGACUAAUAUAGACACACAGGCUUACCCCUAGCCUACGGUUGCUUUCAUUUGACUUGUAUGAAGUCAUCAAAUAACAUAAGUCACACUCGACGCCUACAAAAUUUCAUUUCCACUCCAGGUUUUCUCAUCAGAAUCAAUGCCUCUUUGUUUACUGUGGCCGGGCUGGGCUAUGUUGGAUACGCAUCGCCAGGCUUUUGUCGUUGAAUGUAUGAGUAAAGUAUGUCUUCUGAAUGUCUUGUAUUUGUAUUUUAGUUCAUUUAUCAAGUUUUAUGCUUGAAAAUGCUUAAUUUAGGCCAAAAAUAUGUAAAAUGUUGCUUCAGUAUGCAUAAUUUUGUCUAAUAAUAGGCCUUAGUCAACCGUGAAACAGCGAGGAACAGUGAUAUGAGUUUUUUUUUUAAUGAAUAUAUUUGGAAAAACGCAAGCGUGAGGCCGCUAAAGACUAAGCGCAAAAUGGCGAGGGACGACUGUAUAUCAGCAAAUUUUGGACACGAUUGAUAACCUGAGGCUGGGUGUUACAGCAUGGAUGAUAUAGGGCCAUUGCACUUCUAGGUACAGUUGCAGUGCUGUAAAAAAUGUGUUUUCUAAAACAAUCUGCGAUAUACAUUUAUUUUGUUAUCACAUUGGAUGGUCAAACUUCAAUUUAUCGUGUCAAGAAGUGGCUUUACUUAUCCACUUGCAGUUUUCUCCAAGGCAGUUUAGGUGAGUAGUAGUUUUAGGAUUAAUUGAUUUUAAAAACCGUAGACUGAACUAGUAAUAUCUUCAUCAUCAAAAAUGGGAUCACUGGCCUUCAACUGAGCUAUUAUUCACAGCCAUAAUCUAGAUCUUAAAACUGUCCAUCCAUCUUCUAUGCGGCUUAUCCUCAUUAGGGUUGCGGUUAUGCUGAAGCCUAUCCCAGCCGACUUUGGGCGAGAGGGGGGGUACACCCUGGACUGGUCCCCAGCCAAUUGCAGGGCACAUAUAGACAAACAACCAUUCACACUCACAUUCAUACCUAUGGACAAUUUAGAGUCGCCAUUUAACCUAACAUGCAUGUUUUUGGAAUGUGGGAGGAAACUGGAGUACCUGGAGAAAACCCACGCACGCACGGGGAGAACAUCUUAAAACUACGUAAAAUAUAUCUCUCAUAAAAGCCACUUCGGUUUGCUUCCAGUGGCUCCUUGGAUUUGUUGACACGUGCUGGUAAAACACAAUUGUCUUGUCGGAAUCUGUAGUUUUUAAACUCGGGAAAACCUGCGGCUGCGGGUAGUAUUGCUGCUGUUAGUAUGAACUCUUCCCUCAUCUGAUUGACGUGUGCUUGUGUAGUAGUGUGUGUGUUUUAUAUUAGAAGAUCUUGCUUGCUCAUGAGUAAGCCUGCCAUGUGUACAGUAAGUGUUUUUUUUUCUUUUCUUUACUAAAAAUGUUCCGUACACAAGGUACCCUGGCUACCUCUCGCUUACUGUUUGACAAUACAAUAGUUUAAAAAAUAAAAAUAAAAAAAAGAGAUGGAUGUAAAUGUCACAGCCUGAGCGUAUAGCUUAUUGUGUUUUGGAGGUUACCUUUGUAUUAUUAGCAGCAAAGGUGGCUAUCGUGCCGCACUUGGAUUUUUAGUUGCGUGUGAGCAUCCACUCCUCCACCUUUUUAAAAUCAGAUUUACACCCCAUCACAUCUCAGAUUUGAGUGCUGGGGUGCGCCUUUGAUGACUGUAUGUUUGUGUGGUUUUGUUUUCCAGAUAAUAAUGUGACCCCAAAUCCAAUUCAGUUAUCAACCGUGAGUUUAUGUGCCCUUUUAAGAUGGCCAUUACAAGACAUGACUAUGUCUCCACUGGACUGGAAUCAGUGACUUCUGUCCACUGCUGAAGUGUCUAGCUUUGCUUCUGUGACACUGUGUGUCCGUUUUACUUUUUUUUUUUUUUUUUUUUUUGGACUCUAGGCUUUUUUUUUUUUUUUUUUUUUAUCUUACAUGUCAAUUAACUUUUACUUUGUUCCCAAUCUUUUGAGAUUAGGAAAAUCUGGUAUUUUUACCAUAAGUGAACAAAUGACAUGCAUAUGUCUAUUUUUUGUAGAGAAAGGAGUAUUAGGGCUACACUGAAAAGAAAAAAAAAAUGCUGAUAGUCACACAAUUAACAGGACUAAAGAGUUACAUUAGCUUUUCCCUAGCAACAUAACUACUUUUGUCUUGUAACUUUACAGCUUCUUUUCAGUGUCUCUCUAAAAAUCUUACAUAGAAAAGUCAACUUUUGUUUUAUCUGCUUUUGUGUUGUUGAAACCUGCUUCUUGGAAAGAAUGUCUUUCCAUUGAGGUUUCAAAAAGGAAUGUUGAUAUUUUUGUAAUGCACAGUUAAACCUGUAGUGUUUCUUUCACAGGGUGCAGUUGUGCGUCUCUUGACUGUUUGAUGUGAAGCUCCUGCAAAUUGAAUUAUUGUGGAAUUACAGUAAACAGCCAAUAUUGAAAUAGUACUGCUUUCCUUGCAAUGGUUAUUCUAAAUCUGUCACCAAUUCAGUAAACUGAAAUACUCUUAAAGGUUAAAUAAUACUUGGUUUAAAAAAAAGGAAUAUAUUUACUGUCUGCUUCUAUUAAAAGAAAAAAAAACUGUAAUACACUAUUUGCUUUUACAAUUUGGGUGAAAGGUUGUUGGUGUGAUGUCUAAUGUUUAGUAUUUUGAUGUGCGUUCAUACGUUUUUCCUUUAACAUCUGUUAAAUGAGGAAUUGAGGGUUGUAUAUGUUUGGGGGGAGGGUGAAAUGGGACUUUUCUAUUGUACUGUCAGGCUUUGUAAUGGAACAUUUGAAUAAAGGAAAUA